CAUUAUGAAAUUAGCAAACCAUCCGGUAACAGUCUAUGGCAAGAGCCCAAGGAGAGCUCACUUGUUACACCUACCGGCCGCCCGCGUCCGCCGCCCCGCACGGCUCCAAACCGCCCACCCAAACAUAUUUAUUAUGAUUGCGUAAAAUUGGCCGCGCGCAACCCCAUUACACCCCGUGCACCAGAAAAGGAGGAAGCACACAGGUGGGAGCGAGAUCCGGAGAGAAUUUGCGACCGAGGGCUGCUGGAUCUCGGAGGUUCUCUCAGUUGCGGCCUUCUUGAUCUCGUAUUGUGACGUAACCGGACGGCCGUACCGAGCGAGACAGUUUGGCGGAGCGCGGCAUACGCCGACGUUUUUCUUGAGUGACAGAAACUGCCGAUUUUUGAGACAGUUGCGGAAUUUUUUUCUGGGGAAAAACUUGUGUGAAACUUUACAACACAGUGUUGCCAUUUGAUCAUUUAUUCAAUGUUAGUAAAUAUGCCCAUUUUUGUGCUGAGUGGCAGAAAUAAGUGGGUGCAAUGCUUUUAAACACAGUUUGAGGAGCGACGAUUUUCGAAGGAUGUAUGGAAACUUGCAGUUUUUCUCACCAAGCACUUCAUGUUGAAUUGGACGUCGGCACUUGUGGAUGUUCCAUUUAAGACAUCUUCGACGAGAAGCCAAGACCUGAAGACGUCGCGUUCAUAACAGCCAUAAAAAUUCAUGAUAUCACAGCCUCCAUCAAUUCCGACUCGAUAGCAACAAAGAGAUUUUGAGACAGAUAUCGCGUUUUACAUUCACGAACCGGCCAUCGUGCUUUCAUCGAUAAACUCGAGCCGUUUUUUCCAAGAAACAUGGAGAGAAACGAGCAGGAUACGUUAUAAUAUACGAAACGGGUGAUUUUUUUUCGGAAGAAAAGAACAAAAACUGAUAGUGAAGGUUCUAAGAGAAUGUCUUGCGAGUUUCGGUAGUAAAAAUUGGAUUUGGAAUCAUGUCGGUGCUUAAUGUGGCAGCAUUUGUGUUGAUAAGUACUUAUUGGAAUGCUGGAUUGGCUGCAGCGUAUGGGGAUAAUGGAGAAUGCAGGUCAGCACUUGGAAUGGAAGCAGGCAGAAUUCCAGAUCAUGCAAUAUCAGCCAGCUCGUCUUAUGAGACAAAGAGUGUUGGGCCUCAGAACGCAAGAAUUCGACAAGAAAAGAAUGGAGGCGCUUGGUGUCCAAAGGCGCAGAUCAGCAGCGACAUUAAGGAAUAUCUGGAAGUGGACUUGCAGAAGAACCACUUGAUGACGUGGACGGAAACGCAAGGCCGGUUUGGGAAUGGACAAGGUCAAGAGUUCACAGAAGCCUUUCUUGUUGAAUACUGGAGGAGCUCUUUGGGGCAGUGGAUUACUUACAAAGACUCUCGAGGAGAAAAGGUCCUGACAGGCAACACCAACACCUACUUAGUAGUGCGACAACGACUCGAAUUGCCAUUUGUGGCAUCAAAAGUGAGAUUCAUUCCUUACAGUGAACAUCCCCGAACUGUGUGCAUGAGAGUGGAAUUAUACGGCUGCCCUUGGGAACAAAGCGUGUUGCGUUACGAAGCGCCAAGGGGAGAAAUUAGAGAGCCGGAUAUUGACUUGGAGGAUAUUAGCUAUGACGGCCUCUUAGAUGGUAGAGACAUGAAAGGAGGGCUCGGACAACUGGUGGAUGGCCUCUACGGGGAUAACGAUUACCAGAAACAGCUCAGUGGGGAACAAUCGGGAAGCAGAUGGGUUGGUUGGUCGAGCGAAGGGCGAAACGGUCAACCUCUAGAAAUCACUGUGGAAUUCGACGGAAUUAGAGAAUUUAAUGCCGUUUACCUUCAUGCCAAUAACAUGUUCACCCGCAAUGUGCAGGUAUUUUCAAAGGCAGAAGUCUGGUUUAGCCUAGACGGAAACCGAUAUCAACCGAAUCCAAUUAAAGUAGAGAUUGCUUCCGAUCGUACCCGAGAGUCUGCUCGAAAUGUUACAAUUAUUCUGAAAAACAAACCCGCGAGGUAUAUUAAACUGCGGCUCUUCUUUGCCGACCAGUGGAUCCUGAUCAGUGAAAUGGCCUUUGAAUCAUUGUUAAUUUCCAACAACCUCACUGUUGAUGACCUGGAAAGGUACUACCUGCUACCAGAAAGUCCGAUGUCAACCGCCUCCCCUAACACCAGUGGCGAAACCACACAUGCUCGAAAAGAAGUAACUCCUGCUACCAGCCCAACCAGCAUUGGUCAAGCCUACAUCGGUCUUAUCACUGGGGUGAUGGCGAUGGUGAUCCUGCUGGUGGUUUGCACCGUUUUCCUGAUGGUGAGAAGGGGCAAAAAGAAGGUACAUACGGUUGCUUUAUUGCACAAACACACCUCCUUGGUAUCGAGCAGCACCAAGCCCACAACCAUCAACAUGAAGGAUCUGAAAACUUUGUCUACACCGAUUAUCAAUAACGGCCUGUCCAGGUCGAGGAUUUCAGUGAAGAGUAAAAAUGGUACUAUUGUUGCUGAUGGAACAGCCAAGAAGCAAAAGAAAUGCAAUUUAUAUGGUCAUGUCAACGGUGAAGAGUCAGACAGCGAGAAUUCUUCAGUAUACCAUGAGCCUUACAAACUAUUGCCCAAUGGCAAGCAGGAAUACGGUUGCUUAUUGAAGAAAGAUGGUAUUGCUUCCAGUAAAAGUGGAGAAUAUACAGACUUUACCAGUGUGAAUAGUUUUCAAGAAGAGCUGAAAUUCACCUCACCUUCUUUCUACAACCUGGCUGCGCCUCCUCCUCCUACGUCGAGACCUCCUACUUAUGACGUCCAAAACUACCAAGCGCCUAAUGGAACCCCCAAUGGAGUCAUUCCUUCGGAGAAUUACUACGCCGCUACUGAUAUUGUUAAGGGCGAGCGCAGAGAGCAACAUUUUACCCCAGGCCGGUUUACCCCCAUAAAGCUUCCAGAGGGACCCCCUUUGGAGGGAGUAGCUCAUCUGCUGGAUUUCCCCAGGCAUCGAUUAAGACUGCUGGAGAAAUUAGGAGAAGGCGAUUUUGGCAUGGUUCACUUGUGCGAAGCUGAAGGCCUUCCAGACUUCAAUGGUGGCUCCUCUUUCCAUAAAAAGCAACUGGUGAUUGUGAAAAGUCUGUGGCGAGGAUGUGGUGAUUCCAAAAGGCAUGAGUUCUUAAAGGAAACAUCCUGGCUAGCCGGUUUGAGGGAUCCAAAUCUGGCGAGAGUGGUGGGCCUUUGCAGCCAAGACGAACCAAUGUGCGCCCUUUUGGAGCAUGCGGACGGAAGUGAAUUGCCGAAGUUUUUAGCCUCUAGAGUAGGAUUUGAGGAUGGAAAUCCUGUAGCUCCAUCCGUCAGUUAUGGAUCCUUGAUAUAUGUUGCGACGCAGAUAGCAUCAGGAAUGAAGUACUUAGAAUCGUUAGAUCUAAUUCAUAGGGAUUUAGCUGCCAGGAAUUGUGUCAUAGACAAAAACUACACGGUAAAAAUCUCAGAUCACGCAAUGUAUUGUGAUCGAUACGAAAGCGAAUAUUAUAUGAGCGAUACAAAAGCCCGAUUACCAAUUAGGUGGAUGUCAUGGGAAGCCUUACUAAUGGGCAAGCAUACGACCAAAAGUGAUGUAUGGUCUUUCGCCAUUACUUUAUGGGAGAUUUUGAUGUUGUGCACCCAACAGCCCUAUGCAGAACUGACCAGUGAACAAGUUGUCGAAAACUGCAGCCAUUGGUACCAGAACGACGGUUGCAGACGUGCUCUGCCAAGGCCAGCAUUAUGUCCUCGAGAAAUCUAUGACCUGAUGGGGGAGUGUUGGAAGCGAAACGCUGCUGACCGACCGAGAUUUUCCGAGAUUCAUCUAUUUCUUCAGAGGAAAAAUUUGGGAUUUAUGCCCAACGGCAACUCGCCUAUAGUAUAAGCACCAAAAUGCCGUUCGGACCAGCCAGUGGUUUUCCGAAAAAGGCGCUCCAAAAUCAUUCUAAAGCUUAAUUUCCUUAAGUGUGUAGGUAUUUUUUCUUUGAAUUUGGGUGUAACGGGACUCAAGUUGAAACAGGUAUUAGAUAGUGAAUAUAUCUACCGGGUGUCAGACAACAUCCACGGCAUCGAUUAGUCGUAGUUUUUUUACCCUUAACAGCGCUGUACAUUUCGUUGCUUCUCAUAUCUAACCGUAGUUGUUCGAUGCUGUAACACGUUUUUUUGACACCCUGUACAAUACGAAGCAUAUACAUAGAACAUAUUAUAACAAUUGAUUUUUGGAAGAUCGACUGGGCGUAAAUAUCCUGUGAAAAAGACUCUUUGUUUGUAGUCUUCUUCAUUAUAGCUGCUCUACAACCCUACAUGUGAUACAGCGCAUAUUGUGCAACCUUUGUAAUUCAUCAUAUCGUCAAGAUGGAUAGUUCAUAUCUAUCUUAGUUUAUCGCUUUUUAUGUCCAACAUUAAUUCACUCGUAAUCAACGUCGUUUUUUCUAUGAACAAACGAGUUUAACAAUAAAAACAGGCCAUUUGAAGGUGGAUUUAGAAAAAUUUCGUGUUUAAAAAGUUUAAAGACAGCUUUAAACUUGAAAAUAUUCGUCAAUGUAUUCUAUAAAUAUUCGUAUAAUGGUACAUACUUGAAAAAUAUUCUACGAUCAAUGAGAGGCAAACUAUAUACAAAUGCGCAACAUUUUUUCACAGAAUAAUAUUUCCAAUAAGAACAGCUUUUUUUGCAGCGUUGCCCAUAAAGUAACUUUAAUAAUGCUUCUAAGCAUAUUAUGUAAAAACCUCUUUACGCUGAACGUCAAAUUUAUUGUUUUAGCUUUCAAAGUGGCUUCAAUAGCCCAUUUCAAAUUCCAAUUUUAUUGCGAUUAAUCGAAACUGUUUAAACUUGAACGAGUCUCAAGCAUAAAUCAGCCUAUAAUCAGGAAAAAAUCAGUGACACCAAAAUAGUAAUAAAAUGCAGAUUGUUCGUCUUAAAAAAAACAAUUUGCAAAAUCAAUGUGCAUACAAAAAACAUAUUUUGUUAUGACAAUUGGGGUAAUUCUUCAAAAGUAUAUGAUGCCUCUCCUAAUAAAGUCGCGGUAUGUAAUUCUUGCUAAGUGUACGAUGUAAAAAGUUUAACAAAAACAUGUAACUAACAUUUUAAAAUCCUGAAAAAAAUGCUCAAGAACUGUACAAAAUAAGAAUGUCGUCAGCCUCACGCGCUCCUCGUCUAUUCCUAUGUUCCUUCAAGAGAAUGUUUUUCAAGUACCAGUUCGGUUUUACUUCGUUUACUCACACUGUACAUUGUAAUCCUUCUGUCAAAAUUCCACCAAAAACAUCGUAUAAAUGUACAUUUUUCUUCUCGUAGGUAAGAUUUAGGAUAAAGUAAGUCAUGGUUAAGAUAUAGCGACGAAUUAUCGACGUACUUACACGCUCUUUGAUUUAAAUCCAAUUCCACCGUUUAAAGUAGCUACAUACAGUGUGUUUGAGAAAAAAUUGAACACCUGUAGGGAGCUUCUACGGUAUAAAGCGUCAAAUUUGUGAUUUAAAAAUAAUGCAAUUAUAUACAAUAGGUGUCAGGUAACGAUAACGAUAAUAUGCCUAAUUCUGCUAUUUAAAUAUCUCUUUUCCCCCUUUUAAAGACCCCUCAGUGCCAUAAAGUAACUAGGAUUUCGUGUACAUAGAAUUGUCUGUACAUAUAGCGAUAGAUACUUGGAAAUAUGAAUUGUUCGUAGUUUCUAAGAUGUGAAAAUAAGGGCGUAAAAUUAAUUGACUUUUCUUUAGUUUUAAGUACUGAACAAAAUGUUUGUCAAUAUUUAAUGAUAGUCAUGAAAUUAAUUUUUUAGACAAAAAUUUAUGAUUAUUUCAGCUGUGAAUGUGUAAAGAAUGCGGUAGCCAGAAUUAUUCGUUGUUUCAAGUUCAAACAGUGAAGCUUACUCUUACUAGUAAUCUUUAGCGAGCCAUGCUUUAAUUGCAGUGAUAAAUACAUUCAACAUUCAGUUUUAUCAAAGUUUGUAAGGUAAAAACUAGCUUUUUCAUCUCUCACAUUUUUUAUCUUUGAACUAAUUUUUUGCAGAUUUUAGAUUGCUUUUAAAACUAGAUCGUUUGAGUCAAGAAAGCAAGUUCCACCUCGGAUUUUUGAAGAAUACACAGAAACUUUGUUAAAAUGCAUUUUCCAAAAUCUCCAAGCUAUUGCUUGAGGAUCUAUUGAAGCAUUUGCUGUUAAAUAUAGAGCCAAUGACGAUUGAAAAGGUACAAUCUAAAGCCAAUUUUAAAUUUUAACUCUGACAUUUUUUAUUUUAUUACUGUUGUGUAAUUUUUUAUAAAUUCAAAUUUUAGUAGGCGUGACGCGAAAAACUUAAAACCGCAAUUCGGAAAAUUUCAGGCCUUCUCUGUAUAUAUUUUUACUUUCCGUGUACUCACUCUUCUAGCUCUCAUUUAUUAUGAAUUUUUUUCUCUUUAAGUAUUAUCAGAUUGGUUUCCUUUGUAGAAUUUCUUGAAGAUUGGCAUUCGAGGGUACAUGGUUAAAGAUAUGUGCGUAUUUGAUGGUAGCAGCGUAGACUCUUUCAUAAGUUGCGUCGUUUCCUUUGGAUUAUAUAUAUUAUUUCAUUGUUUCAAAAAAAUUUCGUUCGAGUUCUGUUCAGUGCAUCUUUGGUUUUUCUUUCAGCUUUUUUCAAAAAAAGAAAGCUUUUUGUGCUCUGAGGAGAUUUUCCUUCGUAAUCUUCUUUUGGAAAUGUUUUAUUUAAAGGCUAACUUUUUCAUAAACUUUCUUUGAGUAAGAAAGCUGUAAUUCGUUUGAACUGAGAAGAAUUGCUCGAUUCAACUCGAUUGAUAACACGUAAUUUUUUUCAGUUCGGUUUCAAUUAAUGCUCUUCCGUCGUUACCCUCUUUAAUAACAUAUUCCUUUAUAUUCUUUGCAGAUAACAGUGGCUUUUCAUUAUCGCAAUUUAAACCUCUGGGCUAAGUGUACUGUACAAAAUCAAUCAGGACUUUUAACGAACACGAUGAAAACUCUCACUACAUGAUCAGGCACAAAAUUCGAAAAUUCCCGAACAGUAGCACGUUUUUUGCGAUGAUAAUACGGUAAGUCCCUAACAAAAUUCUUAAUUUGCGCCUCAGAAAAAUAUAAAGGAAUUUGAAAAACCACCGAAAACUUGAGUACAACCCGAAAAAUCAACCAUUGCAAACCACAAAAGCUCUUUUAAAAAUAAAUAACUUCUUACCCUACCAAAUGUACGAAAUGAAAAUAGUUUUGGUCUUGAGCUUCACUGAUUGCCACUUAAAAUGCAAUUGUGUGAAUAGAUUGCAAUAGAGCAUACAGGGCUAGAAAUAAUUUGAGAUUUUUGUGAGUAGCACUAAGACAAUCAAGUGCGUAACUUAUGCUUUUGCUAGAACAAGGAAGGCAUAAUUAGGCAUUAAAUAGAUGUCCCCAUCCUUUGUAACAGUCCCAUAGAUUUGAUUCACUGUUCCUAUUAGUUAUCCACCUCUACUAAAAACAUCCAGUUUUCAAACGGCGUUCUAACAUCGUUCUUAAUCGAUUUUUGGCAACGAUUUGAUUCAGUUUGAGAAAUCGACUGCUUUCAGAGCGCCUAAAAGAAACAGUAAAAUCAACAUUGAAGAAAUAUCUAGGUGCUCCCUUUAAAAAAGUCUCCCAAAACAAAGUCCAUGUAAUUAAACUUAAGCCCCUUGUAAAUGUAUAAAGUUGCGUUGUAUUAUUCCCCUCUAUUGACCAUUCUGUACAUGUGUAGGUACCUAUUCCGAUUUUCCACACGACCAUUUUUUAUAAAUGUAGCCGUUUCAUUCUUGUAUUUAAUACAUAUCACUCGAUCAUUUUCACAAUUAUUAAUUAUAUGAUAGCAGCGCCUCGUGCCAAGUUGGCGGGAAAUCUGUGUGUUUUUCUGUAUAUACAUCCAGAUAAUGUUUAUUUAUUAAUAAAAUUAGGCAUUAAUAAAGAUACACAACUAAAGGA